AUGGCUGCUACCGUCCAGAAAUUCAAGCUUGUAUUCAAUGUUCCGGUGUCCAGUCUGGAGGCAUGCAAGACGGCCAUCUUUGCCGCCGGAGCUGGCCGGUUUCCUGGCCCAGGAAACUACACCGAAUGCUGCUUUACCACCAUGGGCACUGGCCAAUUCCGACCAGGAGAUAUGGCGAAUCCUCAUAUUGGCACGGUUGGAAAUUUAGAGUAUGUGGAAUCGGCCAAGGUUGAGACUCUGUGUAUUGGCGAGGACGUCGUGAGGAAAGCAGUUGAGGCGCUGAAAGCUGCUCAUCCAUACGAGGAACCUUCCUACGACGUUUACAAGUUGGAAAACUUCUGA